CCGCAAUCAGCGAAUAAAAUAAAUACAAAGUAAAAUAUCUGUAAAUAGUACAAAAAUUUUCCGACAUACACAUCUGAAGUGUACACAGUGCAAGUGUUAUAUAAGAUAGUAGCUACACUAUCGAAGGUGAAAUAUCUAACACAGACGGAGAUUACUGCAGCGGUAACGAGAUGUCGAGAGAAGCAGAGUACGUGACGCAUCGGGGAGUUACCCUCAUGAAGCAAUUCGUUAAGUAUCAGGACAAAAUGGACAACAUGCCCGUCAGAGAUGAAGAUGUAUGGGUCACUGGGAUCCCCAAGUCAGGAACAAGGUGGGCUUCUGAGCUGGUGUGGAUGAUAGUGCAUGAUCUGGACUUCGAGGGAGCCAAAGAGGACCUAACCAUCAGGGUACCCUUCACAGAGUUGUUCCGACUAUUAGAUAAUCCAAACCAUGAGGAUCUACGAUUCAGAGACACCAUUCAGUAUGUUGUACAAAAAUACGAUAAAGGACCAGCAACUGUGAAAUGUCACAUGCCGUGGGUCCUGCUGCCCAAGCAAAUGAGGGACUUUGAAAAGAGGCCAAAGAUCAUUUAUGUGAUAAGAAACCCUAAAGGAGUGAUCACGUCAUCGUAUCAUUUCGAAAAACUGCUGCAUGGAUACGAUUUUUCGCUAGAAGAAUAUGCAAACAUUUUCAUGGACGGAAAAGAAAACUACCAUCCCUACUGGCAACACGUCCUCCAAUUCUGGGAAAAACGGCAAGAACCUAACGUGUUCAUCCUGAGGUACGAAGAAAUGCUGAAAGACCCACCAGGCAUGAUCAGAAGAAUAGUAAAUUUCUUGGGCAAGAAGUUCACAGACCAACAGAUAACCCAGCUGGUAGAUCACGUUAGUUUUGAGAACAUGAAGAAAAACAAAGCUGUUAAUCACGAGGAUGGUAUUAGAGAGCUAAGACAGCGAAAAGGGCUGCCUGAGGCUCAGCACAACCACAUGAGGUCGGGCAAGGCGGACGGUUUCAAGGCAGAGAUGUCGCCAGAGUUGAUCAAGAAGGUCGAUAAAUGGAUUGAAGAGAAUACGAAAAAUACUGAUUUUAAAGUGAUGGAGCCUUGAAGUGUAAUACGGAAUACUGAUCGAGCUCUAAGUGUGUAAUUACUUUUAAGUCCAGAAAAUAAAGACUGAUCUCUUAUUA